ACAAAUCAUCAGCAAGCGACCACAGCUUUUUAUGGGCGGCUGCAACCCAGUGCAGGGCAGGAGCUGGUGGCCGAGCCAAGGAACCCGUGCAGGAUGGCUCCUGGACUGCAUGCAGCCUGCGUUCUCCUGCUGAUGACCCCUAGCCUCCUCCCCCCGGCUGUCGCCAACCAGGAGGACCACCUGGGAGCUGACAACACCCUGGAGGCGGGCAACGGCGACAACAUGGACUUCGACGACUACCGGGGCAAAGGCUGCGUGGACGACAGCGGCUUUGUGUACAAACUGGGCGAGCGUUUCUUCCCCGGCCACUCGAACUGCCCGUGCGUUUGCACGGAGGACGGGCCUGUGUGUGACCAGCCCGAGUGUCCCAAAAUCCACCCCAAGUGCAGCAAGGUCGAACACAACGGCUGCUGCCCCGAAUGCAAAGAAGUGAGAAACUUUUGUGAAUACCGCGCGAAAACCUACAAAGUGCUGGAAGAAUUUAAGCCGUCUCCGUGCGAGUGGUGCCGGUGUGAGGCCAGCAGUGAGGUGCAUUGUGUUGUCGCCGAUUGUGCCGUCCCCGAGUGCGUCAACCCGGUGUACGAACCCGAGCAGUGCUGCCCGGUCUGCAAGAACGGUCCCAACUGUUUCGCAGGCUCCACAAUAAUCCCAGCAGGGAAGGAAGUCAAAGUAGAUGACUGCACCAUAUGCUACUGCUCUCAGAAUGGGGACUGGUGGAAGACAGAACGACAAGCUACGUGUGUCAAACGCGAAUGUGAACGCCUGUGACCUGAAAGAUGCAGCAAACUGUUCCACUGAUAACUAACUGCCAGCAAAGCAGCACCUUAGUGUGCUGUAUAGCCAAAAACAAAUUGCCUAGCUCUAUCCAUUGCAAUAGUCACCAGAAGAUUUAGAUUCCUGGAGCAAACACUGUUUGGUGAAACACUAUUUUUUUACAUUGUCGACCAUCUCAUUCUACCUGUGGGUGCCAUUUCUUGUCGAAGAUUAAAUUGACUUUUUGACUGCUGAUGACUGAGACGUUUUCACUUUGCAAUUUUUAGGUCUGUUGCUAUCGCUUCUUGUCUCACCUUAAGGAUUUCUCCUUGUCCUUGACUCCACUGCCCAUUUGCACUUACCAUUAGAGGCUGUUUGCAGGCAAACUGUGAUCAAUUUAGAAAUUCUGGAUUUAGUUCAGUGAUUUUCUCUACACUUUUGCUGUCUGCUUCAUCUUCACUUGACGAUCAACGGAGGGAAGCUGUCAUAUGAAAAGACUGUUCAUUUUAUAGUCUUAUACACUGAUGUUGUGCCUGAAAAUGUAAAUGAGAAUAUUCCAAUGAAAACAAUUUACAAUGUGGAAUUAUAGCGCAACUGUACUUAGUGUGGCAA